CGACAUUUGUGUGAGCGUAGAGCUCUGGCGAACCAGGAAGCAUGAAGGCUGUUUUGUGUGUUCUGCUGUCCGUUGCGGUCUAUACCGCAACAGCAGGACCUUUGGAUAUUGGUGAGGGUAAAUAUUCGCGUUUCAUCGAGUACCCGGAUGGCGAAGGAGUGUUUCGUAUGGUGGACUUAAAGGCUGAGCCCAACACUGAACUUGUUAAUCAAAUUGAGAGGAACCCCGCCGAUAAUGAAUACUACCUCUUCACAAGACGCAAUCCGACCUCGCCUCAGAGGCUGACAUCAAAUGCUACCUCUGUGCUUAUGUCAAAUUUCAACCCUAACAGUCCGACCGUGGUCUCCGUUCACGGCUGGAUGGGCAACUUGGAUGCUGCAAACAAUAUAGCCAUCAGAGAUGCAAUCCUGGAUAACGACAAUUGCAACGUCAUAAUUAUGGACUGGAGUAAGCUUGCUAGCGCAGACUACUCCACCGUCGUGGCUGGAGUUCCGGCAGUGGGGAGAGGGCUCGGCCAGUUCCUCAACUUCUUAGGCAGUGUUACUGGAAUAACUUUGGACAGCAUACAUUUGAUUGGGUUUAGUCUGGGCGCACACGUUGUUGGUAACGCUGGCAAGCAGCUGAAUGGCAGAGUGGCGCGUAUUACCGGUUUAGAUCCUGCGGGCCCACUCUGGGACUGGAAUCCUAAUCGCCUUCAUUCCAGCGAUGCCGUUUACGUAGAAGGAAUCCACACCGACGCUGGCCCUAACGGCAUCGGCAUCGGUUUCUUAACGACUGUCGGAGACGUCGACUUCUACCCUAACGGUGGUGCUGCCCAACCGGGGUGCAGUACAAGCCAAUGCAAUCACCAAAGAGCGUGGGAAAAGUUCGCAGCCUCUGUGACUUACAACCAUCUGACGGGCAGACGCUGCUCUGGCACUUCCGAGAUCGUCUCUGACACUUGUAGUGGGGAUGUCUUGAGUAUGGGCAACGCAGAUUUGACUAAACAAGUGACUCCCGGCCUAUAUCGAGUAAACACUGGAAGCGAAUAUCCUUUCUAAUUUAUUUAUUGUUUAAGUAAAUAAAUGGUUUGUUUUCUA